UCUGAAGCCUGCUUUCUCUCAUCAGCUAACAUGUUUAAUGUGUUGUGUGAAAGAGAACCUGAUCGAGCAUAGACCUCCUGUGCAAUGGAUCUAAACCAUCUUAUCUCGCUCAAAAUAGUUUUGUUUCUACUGGGAGUGCUCACCAUCGGCACUUCUGGUCAGAUUUGCUCAGCCCCACUCACAGCGGAUAUUCAAGAGAACAACCCUGUUGGUGCUACAGUCGCCACAAUAACCACCCAGGAUGGAGUCAGCCUCGCUAUUACAGAAAAUCCUGAGGAAGCCUUCGGGCUAAAUGGCAGUCUGCUUGUGGUAAACAAAGUACUGGACUAUGAGUCCUUGCCUGAGGGUGGUGGCCUGAGUAUUAGUAUAUUAUGUACGAAGGUUGGGGAGUCUCUGCUAACCCUACGGAUAUUUGUGAUUGUACAAAACAUCAAUGACAACCCUCCAGUUUUUGCAAUGAACCCGUACACUCUGGAAGUUGAUGAGCUAUCCAAAGUUAAUACACCAGUGGGCAAAUUUGAAGCUACAGACCCCGAUAAAGAGCCGCUGUACUACAGGCUGGUAUCUCCAAUGGAUGAAUUUGGGCUGCAGGCAGAAAGUAACCCAGAAAUUCUGGUGAAGAAGGUUUUGGAUUAUGAUACUAUUAAAGAAGUCACUCUGCAGCUCUUUGCUCAGGACACGCCCUUAUCUUCAGCAAUGACACCAUCUCAUACUGCCAGCACCACCAUCAUUGUCACUAUCUUAGACAUCAAUAACCGACCACCGUGGUUCCAGCCUUGCACAGAGACCACUGCUGGCACAGCCAAAGUCUGCAUCACCUCUGGAUAUACAGGGAAUGUCUUUUUAAAUAAGACAGCGACUGAUGCGUUGACCCUUAAGCCUGGUCCGGUGUAUGCCAUUGAUGGAGACAAAGGAAGGAAUGACAUAAUCAGAUACAGAAUUAUUGGAGGAAAUGAUGGUGGCAUAUUCAGUAUUAAUGAAAACAGUGGAAAUAUUACAAUGCAGAUGGCAGUGGGUGUAGCAGGACCCAUCAUAUUGACAGUCAUGGCAUACGAGUUGGAGAACCCUGACUACUAUGCCACCACAACUGUCACACUAGAAGUACAAAUAAGUAGCAAUCACCCACCGAAGUUUGUCAAACCUGAAUAUGAGGGUUUCAUCUCAGAGGAUGCAGCUGUCGGCAGCCUAGUGCUAGAAAGCAAGUCCAGCAACAUACCUCUACAGGUUCAGGCCACAGAUGCAGACUUCUCUGACGGAGUAAAUCCUUCCAUUAAAUUUGAGGUUUCUGUAGGCAGUGACUUUAGAAUCACUCCAGAGGGCUUCAUAGUCAUGACAAGAGCAGCUUCUCCUGGCAAUGUGAAAUUGCAAAUAAGCGUAGUUGAUUCAACAAAUGGUGAAUCCAGCACAGCUUCUCUCUCUAUAGAAGUCAGUCCAGUCACCACUACGGACAUGUCCACCAGUAGGCCUAGUACCACUGCCAUGACUACAACCAUGGCUACAAGCAAUGCCAUAACCACUAAUGUGGCUACAGAUACUACCACAGUCAAAGAAGAGCUGCCUGUGCCAUCAGGUGACUUCAAGUCAGAGGACAUGAUAGCUCUGGGGGUGAGUCUGGCUGUAGCUCUACUGCUCUGCUUUGUGGUUAUUGGUUUUCUGGCCUACAACUUCAGACGCUUCAGUGCAGACUGGAAGAAGUUGUCCGAAGCCAGCAUCUUCCGCAGCUCGCUGAGUGGGGGUUCAGGUGGGCCUAAAGACGGAGUGCAGUACACCAAUGAGGGUUUUCAGGCUGAUGAAGACACGGACAGUGUGACUUCGAAGCAGGCAGCAGAGUCGGUGCUGCCACGAGGGCCGGAGCUGAGCCGCAAAGCUCCGGAGGUACUGGAGACACAGCCCAGCGUUCCAACCGCGCAGAGCAAAAGCAGCAAUGAUAACUCCACUCUUCCUACAGACUCCAGCAGCCAGAAUGCCUCAGACAACACAGAUAAAGAGAAAGAGGUGAAACCCAUUCUCACCAAGGAGCGGCGCAUGGAAGAUGGCUACAAAGCUGUAUGGUUUAAGGAAGACAUUGACCCUAAUGACAAGGAGGAAGUGCUCGUUUCUGACAGAGACCAGGACAUUGACCAUGAAGAUGAUGAUCAUGAUGAUGAUGAUGAUGAUGAUGACGAUGAUGAUGAUGAUGAUGAUGACGAGGAGGAAGAAUAUUCUAAUUUUGCUGAAUUAUAGUAGAAUGCCAGUGUUGUUGUUUUUAAAUAUCAACUAUUUUUCAUAGAAUUUAUAAGUAUAUAUUUUAAUCUUUGUAGUGUGCUUUUUCCUUAUACCUUUUUAAAUAUACAAGCACACACUGUAUAGUGCAAUAUGUAUAAUACAUGAUCUUAAGAGUUUUGGAAAACAUUAACUGCCUAAUAACAGAGUAGAAGAGAUUGAGAUGGAGAUACUGUAGCUUUGCAAAUGAUUGAAGACAUUCUUAUAUGUCAUACACAGAGGGACAGUAGGAGGAUAAUAAAUAUAAAGAUUAUGACUUACUGAAUCUGUACUUAUGUAAUGCACAUAUGUUUGCCUUAGCAACCUUCCAGUGUGUUCCUGUGUUUUUAUGAUAAGAUACACUGAUGUGUAAGAGUUGUUUGGUACAGAAAACAUGUGCCCUUUGGCCACGAAUCAUAAAAUCGAUAUCUAAUAAUAAUAAAUGCCUUAUCUCAGACAAAAUGACCUUUAAUCAUUUGCCUGAGAAACACCUGCUUUAUGACGUUUUUAUUCUGUAUUGAUAUUUAGCCCACUCUGAUGACACUACUUAAAGAGGUAAGUCGAAAUGCUCAUAUGAAUAUAAUAUGUAAUAUUAAAUUGACAUUAAAUGUUAAUAUUGGCUGUUGGCGGUUCUUGAGGAGAAGAAAUGUAUUUUUUUCUCAGACACAAUUGUGCCUGGCACAUUUACGGUUUCUUUUUUAAGCAGAUGAGAAAACAACAGACUGCCUGAGACCCCCCUGGGUGCUGUGUAUCAUAAUAAUGAGGCAAAUGAUGAGUGAAAAUGAAAUCAGUUACAUGUACAAACAGCAGUAAAUGAAACAGAAAUCAUUCAUUAGCCUUAACAGCAUGCAAGCCGAACGCCACAAUGAACACAUUAUUGUUUGAAUCAUUUGUGUAUAAGGCUGUAUGAAUUAUGUAUUUUCACAUUUUACAUGUUUUUCUUGAAAAUUAAUCUGUUAUUGAAAAAUCUGUUUUACUCAGAUAGCCAAUUCUAUACGCAGAAUAUUUUUAAAUGUUGCACUGAGUGACAAAAGAGUAACAAAUCAUGUUUUUUGUUUUAUUUAUUCUGAUAAAUAGUGUUCUUGAAUGCUCAACACCAACAAAUGUGCCUGUGAAGAUGUAUGAUAAAUUA